GGAAGCUUCUUUUGUCUUUUUAAUGUAGGGAAUGCCAUCAAUGUUGAAUGAUUUCAAGGUAGAAGGACAAGAGCAAGAAGAAGCUAUUGGUUCAGCCAUGGAAAACCUGAAAGUCUUAGAGGAGGAGCUGAGAGGAAAGAAAUUCUUCGGCGGAGAGAAGAUUGGAUUCGCCGAUCUUGCCUAUGGCUGGCUUGCUAACCUAAUGAGCGUUUUUGAAGAGAAUACAGGCAUCAAGAUGAUUGAUGAGGAGAGCUUUCCAUCAUUGUCAGGAUGGAUACAAGCAUUUUCAGACACCCCGAAAAUUAAAGAAAGCUGGCCUUCUCAUGAUAAACUGGUUGCCAAAGUUUCGUGCCCUCCGAGAGAAAUUCGUUGCUGCAACAUCCAAAUGAACCAGUUGGUGAGAUUAUGCGUAUCAUGAGAUGAGGAAUCAUGUGACUGUAUGGUUAAAUUAACAAUUAUAGAAAAUAGUUGGUAUGCAUGAGGCCUUUGUAUGAGCUGAAAAAAAAUAAAUGAUUCAUUAAGCU